GCACACUGGAGACUGAGCGCAGAGGCAGAGAGAGGGAGACAGAGAGAAAGCCAGAGCAGGAGGGUGUGCGGAGCAGAGCCAGAGCUUAGAGGGACCCGGUGAGGGCGGGUGCAGGCAGAGGCAAAGCCAGUGACCGCAGGCACCUGCGACCCAGGAUCCCGGGGUACCACAGGAGUUCAGCGGAGCACCGGGUGACUUGCCAAGAGGUGGUGCGGGGCUAGGAGUGACCGCUCUCCCAGGUGCUCGCCGCCGGUGGUGAGGUGACCCAGAGUCCAAGUGGUUCUGCACCCAGGUGCUCGCCUGGGAGGUGGCGCGGGGCUCCGGGUGCCUACGUCCCUAGGUGCUGGCCCAGGGGGUGGCGCGGGGUUUUGGGUUGCUGGACGCCCUCCGGGUAGCCAUGGCGACGGGGGCCAGGGGUCGCUGGGCGUCCGUGUCGCCGAGGGGCUGAGCCGGCAGCAGGCUGCGCCAUGGCGGCGCGGGGUUGCGGGCCCUGAGCGCCAGCUGCGGGCGCGCACCAUGAACUCGUGGGACGCGGGCCUGGCGGGGCUGCUGGUGGGCACGAUCGGCGUGUCGCUGCUGUCCAACGGGCUGGUGCUGCUCUGCCUCCUGCACAGCGCUGACAUUCGCCGCCAGGCGCCGGCGCUCUUCACCCUCAACCUCACGUGUGGCAACCUGCUGUGCACCGUGGUCAACAUGCCCCUCACGCUGGCCGGCGUCGUGGCACAGCGGCAGCCGGCCGGGGACCGCCUGUGCCUCCUGGCCGCCUUCCUCGACACCUUCCUGGCCGCCAACUCAAUGCUCAGCAUGGCCGCGCUCAGCAUCGACCGCUGGGUGGCUGUGGUCUUCCCGUUGAGCUACCGUGCCAAGAUGCGCCUCCGUGAUGCCGCGUUCAUGGUGGCCUACACGUGGCUGCACGCGCUCACCUUCCCGGCCACCGCGCUCGCCCUGUCCUGGCUCGGCUUCCACCAGCUAUAUGCCUCCUGUACGCUGUGCAGCCGGCGGCCGGAGGAGCGCCUGCGCUUUGCUGUCUUCACCAGCGCCUUCCAUGCGCUCAGCUUCCUGCUCUCCUUCAUCGUUCUCUGCUUCACGUACCUCAAGGUGCUCAAGGUGGCCCGCUUCCACUGCAAGCGCAUCGACGUGAUCACCAUGCAGACGCUCGUGCUGUUGGUGGACAUCCACCCCAGUGUGAGGGAGCGGUGUCUGGAGGAACAGAAGCGGAGGCGACAGCGUGCCACCAAAAAGAUCAGCACCUUCAUAGGGACCUUCCUCGUGUGCUUUGCCCCCUAUGUGAUUACCAGGCUGGUGGAACUCUUCUCCACAGCACCCAUCGGCUCCCACUGGGGUGUGCUGUCCAAGUGCUUGGCCUACAGCAAGGCUGCCUCUGACCCCUUCGUAUACUCCUUGCUUCGGCACCAAUACCGUAGGAGCUGCAAGGAUCUCCUGAACAGGAUCUUCAAUAGACGCUCCAUCCGCUCCCGUUCCGUGGGCCUCACAGGUGACUCUCACAGCCAGAAUAUUCUGCCAGUGUCAGAAUGAAGGACCACUCUCCUGCCGGGGAGUUCAGGAUGAGGUGGACAGAGCAAAGGGAGGUGGGGACUCCUGGAUGGACAUGAACUGCCACCAUUGUCUGGUGACUGCAGUGUUGCUGAUGUCUGAACAAGUUCUGGGGCCUGCUUCUUGGCUCUUCCAGGGUAGAUAUCAGACUGUCCCAUCACCAAAGGAUGGCCAUGGGCCGUGUCCUGACUUUUCUUCUUGGGAGUGUGUUUUGAGCAUUUAGACUCACCAAAGGCCUCCCAGAGGAUGGUAGGCUAGUCACUGUCGAGGACACUGAGUGCUGGUGGCAGGUGUGGGGGCAUGACGCUCACCUGUUUGCUAACCACUGGUCACGGGGCUCCAUGCCCCAAGGGACAUUUCAGUGAUGCUGAAAGUGAGGCUGUCUGUGGCCAUCUGGCCCCAGAUCUAAUAUGGCAUCUCUUUUCCACUUGGUAGUGGUGGCUGCUGUAACCCAAAUAUUAUCUAGCUGGUGCCAACUACAUUGUGCUCAGCUGACACCCUUGGGCUCUGCACUCAAUGGGGAAGUGUUUAAACAACCAGUUUGCUGCCUACCAGUUGUCUUAGGGGUGAUAAAUUGGAUUCAACUUUUGUCCCUCUUCCAUCAAACAAACUGAUGUUUGCGUGUAUUGACAAUCGUAGCAUGAAAGUGGUCUCAAUAGACAGGUAAUAGAUAAUGUUAGAGUCUCUGAAAUCUGAGAAGGAAGUCACCUUCUUCUGAUUUGCAUGCCAUAGCUAUGCGAGCCCAGUAAAGCAGGAAGGAGGUGUCCGGUCUGUCCUACCUCCCCAUCUGGGAUCUGAGUUGGUAGGAAGGACUCCCUCUUGUCUUAGACAUCUUGCCCAUCACAUCCUGUGAGGGGGAUGCACAGGAGCUGACAUAACAGAGAUGCAGUCUUAGUUUUCAGAUACUGGGUACCAUUAUCCUCGUGGUUCAUUACCCUCAUUCUGUAACUCUGUCCCGAGAAAGCGGGGGUUGUCCAAGGUCACCACAAGAGUGCUUCGUGCCACUGAUGACAGAGCGCAAUUAGUAUAGGAUGCUGUUUCUAUAAUAUACACGCCAGCCCACUGGGAGCCACUGUCUAGGUCUCAUUAAAAACUAAGAACUGGAGAAGUAGCUUAGCUAGUAAAAUGCUCACUGUACAGGCACGAGGACCUGAGUCUGACCCCCAAGAAUCCACACUAAAAGCAAACUGGACAUGGUGGCGUGCACCUGUAAUCCUAGCACCGGAGAAGCAAGAGAGGUGGCUCCCCAGGGCUCACUGGUCAGCCUAGAUUUUGCUGAACUGGUGAGCUACAGGCCAGUGACAGAUCUCAAAAAAAAAAAAAAAAAAGAAAGAAAAAGAGAGAGAGAGAGAGAGAGAAAGGAAACAAAGUAGAUGGUGGCUGAGAAGCAACACCUGAGAUUGACCUCUAGUCCCCACAUGCCUGCACACACACACACACACACACACACACACACACACACACACACACGCACGCACGCACGCACCGCACACACACACACGCACACCACGCGCUCCAUGCCUUCUUCCCAUCUCAUCCUUUCAGAUUGACUUGAGAAUUCUCGGAGCAGUUGUUUCUCAGCCCUGUAGGAGACCCCUCUGGAUGGAAAGGGUGGGGAGCCAUCAGGUCCGAAGGAUCUUUCUUUCCUUAUAGCUCCACACAUCCUAGUCUCAGAAGUACAGAGGGAACUAUCCACCAGAGACCAGCCCGAAGAAUGUUGCUCUUCCCUGCCAGGCAGCCCCAGUAGUUAAAGGCAGAGAAAUGUCUGCUUGUCUGUUUGAAAAGAUGGACUAUCAUUAACUCUUGGCAAUUCAUUUAGAAAACAGCUCCAUCAGGCUUAGUGUUGUCAGGCUUCCUAGUUUCCAUGGAGAUAGUUGUAACAUCUAAGGAGGCUUUAAUAUCUUCCCAUUGCUGGGAGAGGUAUGCUCACACCUGCCUUGGUAGAGAAAAAGAACCUGGGGUCCAGAGGGGACUCCUCUGGACACUUGUUUGGACUUUGUACCCAUCUCUCUGCAGCCAAUCUUACGGGGGAGUUGGUGAGGUACACCCCCUCCCUCCUGUGACGAGGGAUGUCACACAGGAAGCUUGAAAUUAGCCAUGAUGGAAGUUUUUAUACACUCAGAAUAACUAAGUGUUGUAAAUCAGGCCUUUGCCCCAAGCUGGUUGUCUCCCAUCUACCAGCACAACACUGCCACAUGUUUGUUUCUGGAACAAAACUGUCCUGGUUCGAGUCCAUUCAGUCCUAUCUAGCCCAAAUCACAACAGUCACUUCUGUAGCUUUCCUAGCAAAGAGCAGCUGUAUCUACCCUCUGUUGUCCCAACACUCAAAGUGCUAGGGAAGUUCAAAUCAAGCAGGGAGCCAAGACAGCAUGCACAAAAUAAUCUCCUCCCUUUUCACCCAAAUCCCCCUGAAGUUGGGCAAGACAGGGAUGGUGACCCAGAGGGUGAGGUCAGUAGA